AUGGUGCUGGAGGUGCUGAAAGGACAGCGCCUGGCGCGGAUGCCUGCCGCAGCCCCAGAUGCCCAGGCCAGAGCUGCAUCCCCAGCAAAAAUGUCCCUCUCCAACGUCGUGGAACACCAGAGAGGCUUGGACCUCAGUCCCAUCUCAGGGCUCGUGCACCUGCUGAAGUGGUUCCUUCUGGUCUUCUCCUGCCUCGUGCUGUCCGUGUUCUCCACCAUCAAGGAGUACGAGAAGAGCUCGGAGGGCGCCCUCUACAUCCUGGAAAUUGUGACCAUCGUGGUGUUCGGCGUGGAGUACUUUGUGCGGAUUUGGGCUGCAGGUUGCUGCUGCCGGUACCGCGGCUGGAGGGGCCGGCUCAAGUUCGCCCGGAAGCCGUUCUGUGUGAUAGACAUCAUGGUUCUCAUCGCCUCCAUUGCGGUGCUGGCCGCUGGCUCCCAGGGCAAUGUCUUUGCCACAUCUGCGCUCCGGAGCCUGCGGUUCCUGCAGAUCCUGCGGAUGAUCCGCAUGGACCGGAGGGGGGGCACCUGGAAGCUCCUGGGCUCUGUGGUCUACGCCCACAGCAAGGAGCUCGUCACCGCCUGGUACAUCGGCUUCCUCUGCCUCAUCCUGGCCUCGUUUCUGGUGUACCUGGCGGAGAAGGGAGAGAAUGACCACUUUGACACCUAUGCGGAUGCGCUCUGGUGGGGCCUGAUCACUCUGACAACCAUUGGCUAUGGGGACAAGUACCCCCAGACCUGGAACGGGAGGCUUCUGGCAGCAACGUUCACCCUCAUUGGCGUCUCGUUCUUCGCUCUUCCUGCGGGCAUAUUGGGGUCUGGCUUUGCCUUGAAAGUCCAAGAGCAGCAUCGGCAGAAGCACUUUGAGAAGAGGCGGAACCCGGCAGCGGGCCUGAUCCAGUCCGCCUGGAGGUUCUAUGCCACCAACCUGUCGCGCACUGACCUGCAUUCAACAUGGCAGUACUACGAGCGCACGGUGACAGUGCCCAUGUACAGCUCGCAAACCCAAACCUACGGGGCCUCCAGACUCAUCCCACCUCUCAACCAGCUGGAGCUGCUGCGGAACCUCAAGAGCAAAUCUGGACUCACCUUCAGGAAGGAGCCUCAGCCGGAGCCGUCUCCAAGUCAGAAGGUCAGUUUGAAAGAUCGUGUCUUCUCCAGCCCCCGAGGCGUGGCUGCCAAGGGGAAGGGGUCCCCCCAGGCCCAGCCUGUCCGGCGGUCACCCAGUGCUGACCAGAGCCUCGAUGACAGCCCAAGCAAGGUGCCCAAGAGCUGGAGCUUUGGAGACCGCAGCCGGGCGCGCCAGGCCUUCCGGAUCAAGGGUGCCGCGUCCCGGCAGAACUCAGAAGAAGCAAGUCUCCCUGGGGAGGACGUCGCAGAUGACAAUAAGAGCUGCAACUGUGAGUUCGUGGCCGAGGACCUGACCCCGGGCCUCAAAGUCAGCAUCCGAGCCGUGUGUGUCAUGCGGUUCCUGGUAUCCAAACGGAAAUUCAAGGAGAGUCUGCGGCCGUACGAUGUGAUGGACGUGAUCGAGCAGUAUUCUGCUGGCCACCUGGACAUGCUGUCCCGGAUCAAGAGCCUGCAGUCCAGAGUGGACCAGAUCGUGGGGCGGGGCCCAGCAAUAACAGACAAGGACCGCACCAAGGGCCCAGCCGAGGCGGAGCUGCCGGAGGACCCCAGCAUGAUGGGACGGCUCGGGAAGGUGGAGAAGCAGGUCCUGUCUAUGGAGAAGAAGCUGGACUUCCUGGUGAGCAUCUACAUGCAGCGCAUGGGCAUCCCCCCAACAGAGACCGAGGCCUACUUUGGGGCCAAAGAACCGGAGCCGGCGCCGCCAUACCAUAGCCCCGAAGACAGCCGGGAGCACAUGGACAAGCAUGGCUGCAUCAUCAAGAUUGUGCGUUCCACCAGCUCCACGGGCCAGAAGAACUUCUCAGCGCCCCCGGCCGCCCCUGCCCAGUGCCCGCCCUCCACCUCAUGGCAGCAGCAGAGCCACCCGCGCCAGGGCCAUGGUGCCUCCCCUGUGGGAGACCACGGCUCACUGGUGCGCAUCCCGCCGCCACCCGCCCACGAGCGGUCACUGUCCGCCUACAGCGGGGGCAACCGGCCCAGCACAGAGUUCCUACGGCAUGAGGAUGCGCCAGCUGGCAGGUCCCACGAGGGUGCCCUGCGGGACAGCGACACGUCCAUCUCCAUCCCGUCCGUGGACCACGAGGAGCUGGAACGUUCUUUCAGUGGCUUCAGCAUCUCCCAGUCCAAGGAGAACCUGGACGCCCUCAACAGCUGCUACGCGGCCGUGGCGCCUUGUGCCAAAGUCAGACCUUACAUCGCAGAGGGCGAGUCAGACACAGACUCGGACCUCUGCACCCCAUGCGGGCCCCCGCCACGCUCAGCCACGGGUGAGGGCCCCUUUGGGGACAUGGGUUGGGCCGGGCCCAGGAAGUGAGGCUGUGCUGGCCACCGGACUGCCCGCGUCUUCCCCCUGACUCCGCAUUUUCGAGGUUUUGAGGUGGGAACCCCCUGGGGCCUUUUCUUUAC